ACAAGAUCGACUCCUCCACCCGUGUUUCUCAAGACGUCACCCCGCCUGCCCAUCUACCCGGGCUCCGGCCCUUCUCCCUGUCCCGGCCCUCUGGACAACCGCCUCCACCAGCUCGUCUGCCACGUUCACGUUCCCGUUCCGUUCGCGACAAGGUUGCUUGCCUGAGUCUAAUCCACACGUCGCCCACGUCGCCUCGCACCCAGGCACUCAAGCCAGCUCCAGCCUCGCUUGGCCCACCACACCGGGGCACAUUCGAGCUGGCCUGCUAGCCGGCUCUGUGGCGCCAGGUCUCAUCUCAUCUCGUCCCGUCUCCUUCAGCCUAUCUCUGUCCCGCCGCCUUCUGGCCAGAGGGCACGGCCUUAAGCCUACAUGAACUAUUCAAACCAAACCAAUGCAAUGCACACUGGAGAGGGAGAGAGGCAAUCGACCAGGGUGCGCCGGACGACGCCAUUCCUGCAUGCCCUCCCUCCUCCCAGCAGCCUCCUCCUCCGCCCGACCCGCAAUAUUUCUAUAACACCAACGCCAUGACCACCCACGCGCUCCCAUCCGCACCUGCUGCGUCAAUGCCCGUUUCACUCUGGGUCAUUCUGCCUGAAGAGGUCGGCCGUCUUCCUCCACCCACUGCUUACCCACCUACCUAAGUACCCACCUGGGUAGCUACUCCGUACUUGACUAGGUACUCACUCUGCUGCCUUCCGGUGUCACCCAGCCGAACAUACCGUUGCUUCGCUGCUACCUUUCACUUUCCUUCACCCCAUAUGCCUCUCCUUCUGAGUCCCAUUGCUUCUCCUUGAUCCGUUGGCCGGGCCGUCGACGUGAUUGCUGCUGGCGGCACAUCUUUUUGUUUAAUAUUGUAAUUUCGAGACAUCCCCCUCACAAACACAUACGCCCUCUCUUUGGUGCCUUUCGCCAUCACUCAACAUGGCUCAUGAUGGGGACGACUUGCGGGACCUGUCGUACCUGGCCAACGCCGAUGUGAAGCUGGGCCUGUUCAACAGGGACAGCACGGCACCCAGGCCAAAGCCAGAUACGACGAGAGAGUCAGCAGCAGAAUCUUUCGCCGAGUCCGCAGUAUUACCCCGCGAAUCAGCCUAUGGACCUCCACCGCCAGUGCCCGCAAAAGACAGUAUUUAUAUCAAGCGAAAGGUCGAGGAUGCCGAGGACCAGGCGGGCAGUGCUGGCGCAAGCCAGGGGAAAUCCGACGUCGAGACCGAAGACGACAGCCAACAGGAGAGCCUUGACAGCAGUGAUCUGGCGAGGUGGACCUCAGCAACCUCUGCGGCCAUACCGAUUGGGAUUACUGCUUCAACACUCAACAUUUUCCCACCAACGAGGCUGAAUGAGACCAAACCCAGAGAGAAGACGCCGAGAGAGACCAUGUCUACGCCCCACCCACUUGGCAUGUCACCGCCAGACCAAAUAACUAUCCCAGCCCCGGCCAAGCCGGCAAGACCCUCAAGGCCAUCCUCACUACGUCUGUCGUCGUUGACCCGAGAUGGGCCGCUCACCACAGACAGGGUUGUCAUCGUCGACUCGAGCAGGCCAUCCACAUCGAGGUCAAACCGGUCCCAACUCAAAACUUCAUAUACCACAUACAGCACUUCAACCACAGGCAAGGGCAAUCGUAUCAAGUACGGACGCGGCAAGUAUGCCACCACCGAGUUGAUUCCACAGCCCAGUGACGACCCUGAGGACCCUCUGAGCUGGUCCAACUUUAAGAAAGAGCUCAAUCUGUAUGCUCUGCUGGCAACUGUGGUUAUCUGCAAUGUCAUGAAAACCGCACUCGUCAGCGUGAACGAGCAAUUGGCACAGCAAUACUCAACCUCCUACACGGCUGUGGCGGCCCUCACAGGAGUGCCGCUUAUGCUCUCAGCAAUCACGGGUCUGGCAGGCUCGGUUGCAGCCAGGAUCUGGGGCAGAAGACCAGUUUUCCUCGCGUCCAUGGUAUUGAUUUUUAUCGGGUUGGUGUGGAACACCAGGGUGACAACAAGUUACGGGCAGUUCAUGGCAGCUAGGAUUCUCCAGGGUUUUGGAUGGGGCCCUUUCGACACGUUGGUGGUCGGCUCCAUCAUCGACACCUACUUCGAACACGAACGCUCUGCCAAACUAGCUACCCACCGUAUCGUAUCUGUUGCGUCAGUCUGGGGUCCUCCCCUCAUCGGAGGGGUGACCUCACAGAACCGGGCAGGCUUCAGCUUGCAGUUCGAGAUUCUUGCAGUCUUUCAAGUGGUCUCGAUCCCCUUGCUCGUUCUUGCUGCCCCCGAAACCAUGUUCGACCGCACAAAUUCUUUGAUCAAGACGCCCACGACGGGUUGGUCCACCGGCGCGACGACCAGGUUCCCGCCAUGGGCAAGGAGAAGAUUUACCAAAGAAACCGUGCUUCGUUACAUCAAGACCGUCGCCAAACCGGUCUCCUACCGCGGGCCGUCAGAGGGCAUCAUCAGUGCCGAUGUGCUCCUCCAGGCGCCUCGUGCAAUGGUCGCCCCCACGACCGUCCUAGCGUUUCUGGCCUCUUUCCUCCCGUACUCCUUGCUCUGGGGCUUCUCCGCUUCUCUUUCGGGCCUGUUUGCACCCGCGCCCGCGUCACUUCUCCCUGCCACCAUCGGGCCCCUCCUCACAUUCCCGCUCGUCCUCUCCACCACCGCCGUGGCCGUGUUCGCACUGUGGCCGUCGUGGUCCCAGACAAUGGUGGCCUUCAAGACCCGAUCAACUCACAUCUACGUUCUCGGUGCUGGUUCCUUGCUGUCUUUUAUCGGCAUCCUGGGCUUCGGCCUCUACAUUUCUAAUAAUAAUGCUUCUUCUCUCCGCUUCUCGGCCAUCAGCUUCCUCCUCGGCCUCCUUGCCGCCGGGGCCUACAUCCUCGACGCGCCGGCAAAGCCUCUACUGAAGCGUUCUGCCCAGUUCACUUCGCCCAACCUGGCCAUCUCCCUCCGCAGCGUCUCCGAUAUGGAGGUCGGCCUUGCUGUCUGGCGGACUCUGUCAGGCGGGAUUUUCGCCAUGGCUAUCCCUUCCGCCAUUGUAGGUCGCUCCUCGGCCGCUGGGCUCAAGAGCACCGGCAUCGGCGUCUCCGUGGUGCAGGUGCUGGUGGCCGCCGGGCUGGCUGCAGUGUGGUGGAUGUUUGAAGAGACCAUCCGAAAGCUUGAUGGGAGGACCAUGGGCUGCAGGGUUGAUCUUACCUUUUUGAACAACAGGGCGAGCCUUCAAGGGAGCUUCUUUGAAGCUGAUGAUUAAGCUCAUCUCUAUUUUAAUUCGUUCACUAGCUCUUUCAUGAUGGUGAUAAAAAGGGUUGGGAUGUUGGCAAUUCAUGAUACCAAAGACACAUACAUAAACAUUGUGACCAUGUGGGUUCUAGGAUAGCAAUCUGUG